AUGGCCUCAGUUAGAUUCCAGGGCUUCCGGUCUGUCCUGCGAGGCCAGUCCCCCCUUCUUCGCUCUCAACAGCGCCGUUGGGCGCAGGUCCACGACGUACGAUUCCUCGCUUCUCAUCAUGACCCGAAGCAUGUGCUGGACAAAUAUCGCGCCAAGCUGGAUGCGAAGGCCAAAGAAGAGGGUCAUGACUCAGUCGAGUCUCUCAAAAAAGCAUACAGUGACAAGAUUCAAGACCUCCGCCGCAAAGCCUCAACAGUAGCCACUCCAGAGCUGGGUUCGCCCCUGUCCUCAUCGACCGUCCCAAGCACCCCACCGGCGUUUCACCCUCCCCCGCCACCGACUGAAUCUCCUACAGCAAAAGCUGCACGAAAAGUUUCCGGCAAAGCCAACCCCAUCAGCCCGCUUAGCGCAUACUUGGACGUCGAGAAAAUCCGCGAGCUUCCACCAAAGGAGAUCGAAGCACUGUGGCGACUAAGACACGCAAACAAUCCCACUUAUAUCAGCGCUGUUAUCCCUCUUGAUACCUACAAGCGCAUUUUCUCUGCCGCUCGCCAAAAUCCGCAGUUCAUUCUUCCUCUUCCUCGACAGCAGGCCGCCCAGGAACAAGUUGGAGAACAAAGCGCAGAGGCUGCGGCGGGUCAGACCUCUGCAGAUAUUCAUUUCCUCCAAUGGGCCUUCCACCCUCCCGCAGAAGAGUCACCACGGCCGUCCAGCGAGACCGCAAAUAACCACACAUCCACCGUGAUUUUCACCCACCUUGGAGCUUACAAGCUGCAUGGAGCCUAUGCUCAGCCGCAUACGACCGUAACACAUUACUUGGAUCUUGCUGAUGACAAGGGCUUGGUUCUGAUGCAUGGUCAAGUUGUGCCUGACCGCGGUGUGUCUACUUCCGAGGCUACCUGGCUCGUUAGCUGCGUCCAACGAUUCUACGACUUUGAAGGUCAAGCAAGCGGUCGCAAGGGGGAAUUACUUCGUAUGUUUAACCGAGGUGAUGCUGAAAACUUCAAGGUGGAGGAGCUCCUUCAAGAGACGGAGAAGAUCCAUUAA